UCGCAUUAGUGUAACCAAAGGCGACAGAGCUAGACGACAUGGCGGCCGGCGGCGCUUUCCCCGUGGUGGAUCUGGCGCCUUUCUUCGCCGAAGGCGACAGCAGCGGCCGCGCCCGCGCCACCGAGGCCGUGCUCGAGGCGUGCCGGACGCACGGCUGCUUCCGCGUCGUCAACCACGGCGUGCCGGCCGAGCUCAUGGCGCGCGCGCUCAAGUUAUCAGCUGCGUUUUUCGCGCUGCCGGACGACGAGAAGGCCAGGGCCCGGCAGGCCGAGGGGACCGUGGCGCCCGUCCCGGCAGGCUACACUCGGCAGCCGGCGCACUCGGCCGACAAACGCGAGUACGUGCUGGUGUUUGAUCCGAAGCUCGGGUUCAACGAGUACCCCACUGAGCCAGCCGGAUUCAGAGAAGCAGUGGAGGAGUGUUACGCCAAGUUCACCGAGCUGGGGCUGCUCCUCCAGGAGGUCCUGAACGAGUGCAUGGGCCUGCCGCCGGGCUUCCUCAGGGACUACAACGGCGACCGCGACUUCGACUUCAUGGUGGCGCAUCACUACUUCCCGGCGACGGAGGAGGAGAACUACGGCCUCAGAGCUCACGAGGACGGCAACUGCAUCACCUUCAUCAUCCAGGACGGAGUCGGGGGACUCGAGGUCCUCAAGGACGGCGACUGGAUCCCGGCGGAGCCCGUCGACGGCAGCAUCAUCGUCAACAUCGGCGACGUCAUACUGGUGCUGAGCAACAACAGGUUGAAGAGCGCGACGCACCGGGUGGUGAGGAAGCCGGCGCACAGGCACUCGCUCGCGUUCUUCCUCAACAUCCACGGCGACAAGUGGAUCGAACCGCUGCCGGAGUUCACGACAAAGAUCGGCGAGGCGCCGCGCUACAGGGGGUUCGUCUUCAACGAGUACCAGCAGCUGCGGAUGAGGAACAAGACACAUCCACCGUCCAGGCCCGAGGACGUCGUCCACAUCACCCACUACGCCAUCUAGCCCGCUGGGAAAUUUGUUCAGAAAUGUAUGAGAGCUGCAUGGUCCGGUACAGCAUUUGAUCCCGGACAUGACACGGCCGAGGGUCUGCAUUUUGUUUAGACACCAAACCCGCACAUUUGAUCUGUAUCCAAGAUAUGCAACUCGUUCAGAAUCUAUUGCUCUUAGAAGCCACGACAGUGCCCUUUUGUUUCCCCAAA